AUGGAGCUCAGGCGAAAAACAGAACCCCUACAUAUGACUACACGUGCCGCGUCCAAGGCUGUUUCUUCGAACGGAGGUUCUAGUCGACGUGGUUCUCUCUACUCUAACGGUCAAAUCAGUCCAAUGACCGGCAUCGACAAUGAAGGAGAAAGAUAUCCUAAGAGAAGAAGAGUCUCAACGGCAUCCAAGUCAACACCAACUGGAGCCAUCUACAACUCACAGUCAUCUUCGUCUAGGCCUUCAACAAGGAGCAUGUCAGGUGGUAACCUUCAUCCAAUUGCCGAGUCAUCACCUGUACCUCGUAGAAAAAGGAAACGAAUUUCCGACGUAACGGCUGAGAACAUCUCGGUAGCUCAACCUAUCAAGAAUAGGGAUGAAUUCGAGAAUGCUAUAUACUCUCCAGUCACGAAGAAGCAGCCUCCCAGGAAGGUCAAACGAUCAUCAUAUUCAUCCCAGGAUCAGGACUCUGCCGAGGAUGAGGACGAGGACGAGGACGAGGAGUCCGCAGACAGUGAAGCAGACGCUGAUGAGGACGUCCCGCAAGACAUGGUAGAGUCUCUUGAAGUCUCGCAACCUUCUGCAAACGGUGACGACAAAGAAACGUCAGGCAAUGGUACCAAUGAAAUUACGAACGGCACAGCAGGCGACCUCGACGAGGAUGACAGCAUGCACGAUGUUGACGUCUCCCUGACUGAAGAAGACAUGUCAGAUAAGCAGCAAACGCAGGUCGCAGAAGCAGAUAUUGCGGAGCAGGCAGGCGAUACUCAAACCCAAGGCAAUGCUCUGCAAGAGUCCGGUGAUUCUCAGGAAGAGGAGCCAGAAGUGGGACGAAGUGGAGGUGAUGCAGAGCGUAUCUACGACGAAGAUGCAGACUUGAAUAACUCCCGUGACGAACUGAGCCUGCCUAAACAACUUGGCAUGGCAACAGUUGAUCCUACGCCGGUUGUUUCUGCCACAGCAUCCCCUGCCGGCUCAAAUCAAGACUCGAAUCUAGAUCAAGAGUCCCCAAGCAAACAACUGGCAUCAGUUCUUGUUGGAGGGGCUCCAACAGCAAGUCAAGACGGGGACAAGCCAGUCAAACGUCUACCAGGGCGACGCAGAGCUCCUCACGCCAAUCCGAAGGUUGAAGCAGCUUUGCGUAGACAACUACACCUGCGUAUGGCGUACCGAGCAGUGGCAAAGAACUUGAAGCCAAUUCUCGCCGAGCUCGCGAAACGGAGCCUUAGCAAUAUUCAUAAAGAUCCUGAAGCGCAUACGGCCUUCUCGGAAUACCCUGUCGUCAAGACUAGUCUCAACGAGCAUUUCGAGGAGCGUCUCGCCUGGAUACAGAAACAAAAGGAGCUCAACAAAAAACGCCUGGACGACAUACUGGAACAAGAAACGGCGACGCGGAAGAGGAAUUAUGAGCACGUUGCCCAGAACAUCAAGGAAGAUAUGAUAAUACACCUACAGCACGACUUUCUCAGAAAUUUGCGUCAACAGCAACAGGCUGAGGACGACGAGUACAGCGACGAUGAGGGUGACGAUGUCAUUCCCUCGCUGCGACGUGUCACAGCCAAAGGUGCCCUUCGAGGGAUACUGGGUCCGGAAUAUCAUUGGCGGAGCCGACCUGCCCUGGAGACUGAGAGAUUAUUCAAAGAAAUGUACGAUCGGCACCAAGUUGCCCACGAACACCUCCAGCACGACGAAGCGUCCGCUCUUGAAGACCCGCGACCAUUCACCAUCUUCGAUCCGAUUGUCAGAGAUGCAGCGGAUGCUCGACAGAAGAUGCGGGAGCUUCUUUCUGCUUUAGGAGAUGCUGCAGAGGAAGUUGACAAACCACCUCCAAUACCAGUCGUUGAAGCUCCACCUGCGAUUCCAGUCAUACCCAACAACGAGGCACUUGGUCUUCUGAUGUUGGCCGAAGCAUCGACCACUGCCAAUACAAGCACAGCUGCGCAGUUUGAUAACGUGUCAUCUCACAUGGAUCCGCCAUCAGAAGUACCCUCACGGCAAGGCAACCUUAGCGUGCCACGACCCAGCAUGUCUCGUGCUGGAAGUGUGGCCACACCGACUCUCUCCAUCAACACUCCUGCCAGACCCCUGGAGGAACCGGUUCGCGAGCAGCGUCUUCCGUCAAUUGCGCCUAUCAGUUUCAGUCAAGCAGUGCUCGAGCCAUCGACAACACAGACUGCUCCUCUCUUCCCAAGAAACGUACACCAUGAACCGCAAGAACAGAGGACCCUAUCAGAGUUUCCACAGCUUCCGUCAAUCGGUCAAGUCGUGGCAUCGCAGUCACACGCCGAUACACUACCGCAACCAGUGGCUACGUCUUCGUCGCUACCAACGUCAUCAAAACCAGUUGCUACCGACUUUUGGUCAAGUCUGGCCAUGAACAACAUCAAGACCAACCCGCAGGGCAAAGCUGAAUACACUCCUAGAGCAGGAGUCCAGCAUGUCUCUGUCACUGAGCAGCCUGCCAGCAGUAGUGCAGACAACGUCAAGUUGGAGGACAGAGAAUCCCGGCAAUCGUUGUCUGGUCCCACGACUACACUCGAACCGUUGCACCAGACUUUGAGGAGUACGUCAGAUUCUUUCGGCCCUCUGCUUGAUAGACCUGGUGAUGUCGAUAACCAGAAGCCACGAAAGAUGCCUGCACCCAAGAAGUCUCUGUACGGACCUUGGCCCCGCAGUCGAAAUUACACGCCUCUGGAUCGGAGAGCGAGUACAACAAGCACGGCUCCGCCUCAAACUACCUUACCGGGCAUCCAUACAAGGCCCCCGAGUGGGCUUGGUGGAAACACGACGUAUAGUACAGCAGAGUCUCGGCACACGAGCUACGCGCCUGCACCUGCGGGGCCGAUGGCAGGCUUCCCUAGUUCUGCACCACAGUCGGGACCAUAUGGUCCUGCACCGAUAUAUGGAGCUGCACCUCCAACUUCUUAUGCAUACGAACAACGAGGGCCGUACCCACCAAUUACGCCAUACGCACCAGCAGCAGGAUACUCGGGAUUGCCCGGAGGACCCAUGCAACAAGGCCAAGGGCCACCCCCGUUCUAUAAUGGACCCCACAACCUUGCACCUCCACCGCAGCAACAGGGAGGGUACGGAGGACCAGCAACAACAUCUCGAGGUCCACGAACAUCACCAGGGUACGGACAACAGUAUGGUGGACAGCCUAUACUUCCAGCCAGCCACGACCCUCGGUUUGGAGCCAAUGGACAAGCAGCAACAAACAACGCGGGACCAGCAUUUGCACAAUAUCAACAACAUGAUGGAAGGAGAAGGCGGAAUCAGAGCCUUGGGCACCGAGAGUUCCAGCAUUAUCAUGGGCCGCGAUGA